CACGCUGAUGUUUAGGAGCUGUGAGGACAUGACAACCUGUAAUUCUCUACAAUAAAUUAUGACAAAUGGAGGUCCAGGAAAAAGUGCCCGUUCAGACGUUCAUGGGAGUUGACAGGGACGUGUUCCUACGAGACAUUUAUCCAAAGCGCAGACCAGCUGUGCUCAGAGGGGUGUGUCUGGGACCGUGUCUAGAUAAAUGGACCGCAGAGUAUCUGGUCCAGAAAGGAGGGGACAUGGAAGUGAAGGUUCAUGUGUCCACAGUGCCAGAGAUGGACUUCCUUCACAAAAACUUUGUGUACAAGACUCUGCCUUUCAGUGAGUUUGUAAAGAGGGCGUCUGAGAAGAAACACACAGAGUUCUUCUUGAGUGAGGAUGAGAGUUAUUAUCUACGAUCACUGGGAGAGGAUGUCAGAAAGGAUCCUGCAGAUCUGCACAAACAGUUCCCCGGCUUGGCAGAGGAUUUUUACAUCCCACAGUUCUUUGAGUCAAAUCAGUUUUUCUCCAGUGUCUUCCGGAUCAGCUCCUGUGGACUGCAGCUCUGGACACAUUAUGAUGUAAUGGAUAACCUACUGGCUCAGGUGACAGGCACGAAGAGAGUGGUCCUCUACAGCCCCCAAGAUGCAUUGCACCUCUACUUGUCAGGUGAUAAAUCAGAGGUCCUGAACAUCGACUCACCAGAUCUAGAUCAGUAUCCUGAGUUUAUGAAGGCAAAGAGAUACGAGUGUGUGUUAGAGCCUGGAGACCUGCUUUUUAUACCAGCCCUGUGGUUCCAUAACACUCUGGCGCUGCAGUUUGGUGUGGGAGUGAAUGUGUUCUGGCGCCAUCUACCUGCAGACAGUUACGACAAGAGGGACCCCUACGGUAACAAAGACCCCUUGGCUGCGACUCGAGCCCUUCAGGCUUUAGAACGAGCACUGCACACUCUGGACGAACUUCCGCCUGAAUAUCGGGACUUCUACGGCCGCAGGAUGAUUCAGCGCAUCCAAAAGCGGACACACUGUGACAUGAACGCACAUGAACAAAGCACUAGCACGUUACCCAGCUCAGACACCAAACCUGGAUGAGUCUACAGAUGGAAUAUGUAGCAACUAAUAAAAACCUCUGUGGUGGA